UUUAAGUUGCAGUUCUAACAUCCUCCAUAAAUACCAGAUUACCAGCACCAAAGAGCUUCACCACCAUUCACUUCUUUAAGAUAAAAACUCAAGAGCAACUACUUCUCAUCUGCGCCGAUCGACUGUCACUUAUGGAAAAUGGAGAAAGAGAAACCAAUACCACAAAGCCCAAUUACUCAGCAUCAGAAGCCCAACGCAUCGUGGACACGAUCGACAUCCACCAGAAGGCCCUGGACGACCUGGUCAACGUGAACUCCCUCUUCACCAUCGCCGUCUUCGUGGGCCUGUCCCUGGCCCACCGCGGGGAGCGCAGCCUGGAGGACCGGGCCGAGUGCGACGCCGACCCGAACAUACCAAAACGGCUCGUCGUAUCGGAGGUGGUCUCGUUCGCCUGCUUCCUGCUGUCCAGCCUCGUCGCCAAGACGCUGAAAGUCCACCUCAACAUCUACCGCCACAAGGCUGACGUCAUGCGGAGCAACGCCCUGAAGGCGAUAAGAGGAGGCCUUUUGAUGCUUUCCGCCUGGGGAUCGAUUCUCGGUUGCUUGUUUCUGACGCUAUCGAUGGUUGACGUGAUACAGAUUCGGGUCGGGAAGAUCUCGUGCGGCAGCGUCUACGCCGUCAGGGCGGCGGGGUCGCUGGUGGCGAUCGUGUUCCUCGCGUUGUCGAUUUAUGUGCCGUUUAUGAUGCAUGCGAUCUAUGUCUCGAUGAAGCAUGUUUAAUUUAAAGUCGUUACUUUUUGGAAAUAGAUUAACAAAAAAAAAAAAAAAAACAUUGGUUAAGCAUUUUCUCGUGUAGUGAUAAAUUUUGAUAAUAGUGGCAACUUUCGCAACUCAUAUCAUGAUAAGAACUUAUUUUGGUUGAUUGUAGGAAUUACAUAUGUAUAUCUCACCAUGUUCAGAGUGUUUUCGGUUUUCACAUGUAACUUCUCCCAAAUUACGAAAAAGUAAUUAAUUUAACAAUAAAAAUGUCUUACAACAUCAUCACAAGAUAUGGAAAAAAAAAAAAAACAAAAUAGAAUUGAUUGAUCCAACACCUAAAAACGCAGCGAACUCAAUUAUGUCGCUUUGGCUUUGUUUCAUUGCACCGUCAUAUCAUACUCGAAGACCACUUAAAGAGUAUGUCACCUCCCGGCCACCUACUUAACAUAACAUUUUUUUGAUACCUUGAGCAGGCCAGAUUGGUGAACAACUAUUUCUUCAAUUAUAUUAAAUUCUUAGGUAUAAAGGAGUCUUUGAAUAGAUUGAGCAGGAAAUGAAAGUGAUAGAAAAAAAAAAGGUGCAUAAAUAUUUGCUAAUUGUAUAGAAGUUUGAAUUGGGUUUGAAAGGGAAAUACAGGAAGUCCAGCAAAGGAACGUGGAAUCCUAAUUAGAAACGGUAAACAGAAACAGUUAAGUCUAGCUCUGGGUGUCGUCUUUGCCGGUUUUAAUGGGUUGAACCGGUCAUCCCUUCCUUCAACGGUCAUCAUGCAAAUUCCCUGUUCCAGCUAGCGGUCAAAUUGAUCUUCUUCCCAUCAUAAAUGAAUUAAAGAUAAUAUAAGGAAGUGGUUAAGUUAGGCAGUUAGCACAGAUGAUUUCUCCCUGUUAUUGAGACUAAUUGGUUUAUGAUAUGGUAUCAGGAGAAAUUUUACAAUGCUAUAUAGUAUUGGUGCUAUAGGUUUUUGCCUUUAUGGUACAACUUAAAAUUGUACAUUUACGUUAUGGUACAAUUUCAGAUUGUACCUAUACUUUUGGUACAAAUUCUUUUAUGGUACAACUUGAACUUGUACCAUAUGUGAUGGUAAAACUUUAAGUUGUAAAGUUGUACCAUAACAUAAUGGUACAAAUUGUUUUAUGGUACAACCUAAACUUAUACAUUUAAUGUUAUGGUACAACUUUAAGUUGUACAUUAAAGCACCAAUACUAUAUAGCAUAGUAGAAGUGCUCAUGGUAUCAGACCUGAUUUGUACUUGAGGUUAUGUAUUCAAGUUCUCAUGACCCACAAUAUUAACUAUUAUCUUCAAGUAGGGCUGGCCCUGAGGGUGUGCAAGCCGGCCCUCUGGCACAAGGCCUCCAAAUUUUGGGGGCCUUCGGACCUCCACUAUGUAUAUGACUAAUCACUAUUACAGAGUAUUAGAUUUCGAUUAUAAAUCUAAAACGAUAGAAAAUUUAUGAAUUGGGUUUUGAUUACGGUAUAAAGCAAUCAUAAAAUAUUUAAUUCCGAAGGUUAAAGGAACGGAGGAAUCACAUGAGGUGAAUACUUGUUUUCUUAUUAAAAUAUUUUCAAACCAUAUAACAUAACUUAUUACGCGUGCUUCCUAAAUAGAACAAAAAAGCUAAUUGAUGAUGCCUCAUUAUUAUCAUUAUUAAAUUUGUUGCUUUAACUUUCUUCAUUUUCAGCUUUGCAAGGGGAAAAGAAUUCAAUUUUUUCAAUUAAUCUGCUUGUUCGGCAAUAGUACUUAAUUAAUUAAAUAAUUCACAUUGAUUUAUUAAACAUUAACCAAAAUAAUUAGGUACAACCACCAAUAGUAUCAAGGAAAAGAUAACUAAAUCAAUUAUAAUUCGCAUUGACUUAUUAACUAUUCAUGUGACUGUUGCUACAAUAGGAAGAAACUUUUUGAAAUUGA